UUAGUUUAGUAAUUAUGUGACACAUUUUUGUAUAUAAAUAAUGAGGCUAAACUUUUAGGUGUGUGUUGUGAUAAGAUAGAACAACCUAUGACUGUGUAGUCAUAAAUUUCUUUGAAUAGAUUGAGCCUCAGAUUUAGCCUCAAUAAAAGUGCUUAAUUCAGCAAUUUUUCUUUUGUUGCGUGGCUGUUAAAUAGUAUCAAAUGACGUACUGCGUAACAGACGAUAUAAAAGAUACGUACACUAUAUUUUUAUAAAUAAAAAUGCUACUAAAAUAAAUCCAAGGUCGUAGCGAAAACUAUUUCGACGAGUCACAAAUCACAAUAAAACUUGUUUCCGUUUAAACAUUAUAUUAUCUUAAUUCCUUUGUUGAAUGUACAUCUGUGAUGUAAUAAGUGAUGAUUAGCAUAGUAUCAAAUUGCAUUUAUUGUGUGAGAAUUUUUUAACAAGUUAUUAAUUAACUGAAUAUGGAACAAAAGAUGCUUCUCCUAAUUAAAGAAGACUGGUUAGUCAACUUUCAACUUUAGGAGUGUGGAAAGUGACUCUUAAUAUUAAGUAACAAGAUGACAACAUUGAUACUAAGAGGAAAAGAGGAAAUUAACAUAACAUAGGCAUUAAAGAUGAUUUCAUUAAGAACCAAAGCAUAAGCAUAUAUUUUAUAUUGUGAUAAAUAUAAUUGAUAAAGAAAAUCAUAAUGUCUUCGGAAGAAGAAAAUCAACCCCUUAUUGAAUAUAGCUCUUUUGCAAGCAGCGAGAACCUACAUGAUGUAAUUUCAAUUAAUAUAAAUACUGAUCCAGAUUUCGAACAGAUGGUAUAUGGCUACCGCAAGUGCAGGUGGCGGAACAUACUGACUUACGCUGUGUCUACUCUGAUGUGUGGUAUACCUUUUCUACUGUUCCACUGGUGCCCAAGAUUCCUACUGUACAUUACCUCAAUAAGGUGUUGCUUUCAACUAGCGGACCAGGUUUUGGUUAUUGAAACAUAUCAAAAGAAGUGCAAGAGUUUCUAUAUUCAUAAGAUUAUAGAUAAGCAUAUUGCAGAUGCGAGUGGACUUUUGAAUCAAGGCUUUGAAGACGAGUUCGGUGGCGAGAAAGGCCCCAUUGACAGUGCCGAUGAUUUAUAUACUCCAUUAUAUUUGGAUGAUGGGACCAAGUUGAACGUUCAACAAUUUCGGCUCUUCCGUCACAAGAAGCAGUAUCUGAUAUGGGACACGGGGCGUGCUCAGUGGAUCCGACUGGCGGGCGUCGAGCGAGGUGCGACGUGCGCUCAACUUCACGCUUUAGCCGCCCGACCGCCUUGCUCCGAGCGAAGACUGAGAAUACUAAAUAUCUACGGCCUGAACGAGAUAAAAGUGCCCGUGCAGACGAUCAUGACCUUGAUCCUUCUGGAAGUGUUCAACCCAUUCUACAUGUUCCAAGUGUUCACCAUCGCGGUGUGGAUCGCUGAACGUUACUAUUACUACUGUAUAGCUAUAGUGCUAAUGUCGACUUUUGGUGUCGCCACAUCCGUUAUACAGACUAAAAAGAAUCAGGAGAGUCUCCGAGCGACUGUAGAAGCGUACGCCACCGUGGAACUAUGGGGCGGUAGGAGAGUGGACAGUCGUGCUCUUUGCCCGGGAGAUGUUUUGGUGCUACCGCCACAUGGCUGCACUAUGCUUUGCGACGCGGCGUUGCUCACGGGAUCCGCUAUAGUGAACGAGAGUAUGCUUACUGGUGAGUCAGUGCCGGUAACGAAGACGGCGUUGCAACGUAUCGACAAAGAGUUUAAUCUAAAAGAGCACAGCUCUAGCGUUCUGUUCUGUGGCACGAAGGUUAUUCAAACACGGUACUACAGCAACGAACCUGUUAAGGCAGUUGUCCUCCGUACGGGGUAUAACACGAGUAAAGGUGAACUGGUCCGAAGCAUCUUGUACCCGGUUCCAGCGGACUUCAAGUUUGACCGGGACUCUUACAAGUUCAUAUUUAUCCUGGCCUGCAUUGCGCUUGUUGGUUUAGGAUAUACCAUUGCUUUGAAGGCCGCCAGAGCUCUGACAGCCGGUGACAUAGUUCUCAAAGCGCUGGACAUAAUAACAAUUGUGGUGCCACCGGCGUUGCCCGCCGCCAUGACAGUGGGCAAACUGUACGCAGUUUCCAGACUGAAAAGGGCAAGGAUAUCGUGUCUUAAUACUAGAGCUGUGAAUGUCAGCGGUUCUCUUGACUGUAUAUGCUUUGAUAAGACAGGAACACUAACGGAAGACGGUCUGGACAUGUGGGGGGUAGUAGCGGUCAGUACAGCGGUAUCCCCACCUAUAUUGGGACGACCACAAAGAGAUCCUCGAAAUAUGAAUGACCUUCACGAUCUGAAGAUAGGAAUGGCUUGCUGCCACAGCCUAACGUUGCUUAAUGGGGAGUUGGCUGGAGAUCCCCUGGACUUGAAGAUGUUUGAAUCGACCGCAUGGAAGUUAGAAGAGCCGGAAGUACCGGAGCGAGCGCACUACGAAAUGCUGACACCCACCGUUGUUAGACCAAAAGGAGCCGCCAAUAUCAACGUCGAUGAUUUACACGUGCCCUUAGAAGUGGGUAUAGUGUCUCAGUACCAGUUUGUGUCGACGCUGCAACGCUCGUCAGUAGCGGUUCGACUCCUCGGCGAGGACGUCAUACGGGUCUACUGCAAGGGUGCGCCGGAAAUGCUACGCACACUCUGCCGACCGGAUACAGUGCCUACAAAUCUGAACGAGGUGCUGAGUUCAUACGCGGAGAAGGGAUAUCGAGUGAUAGCGAUGUCGACCCGCAUCAUGGAGGUUACCUUCAAGCAACUGCAAAAAAUGAAAAGGGAGGAGGUGGAAUGCGACUUGGAGUUUCUGGGUCUGGUUAUUCUGGAGAACCGUCUGAAAGCGGCCACUACGGGUAUCAUUCAGGAGCUAAAGGAGGCCAAUAUACACGUCGUAAUGAUUACCGGCGACAAUAUCCACACAGCCGUGAGCGUGGCCAAGGAAUGCGGUAUCCUAAUGAGCGGUGAAAGAGUUGUUCACAUAAAUGUGGAAUACGGAACGGGGUUGCCACACCUCUACUGCGAGAGUACUAUGCACGGGGUGGGUGUUGGCGGUCGCGUGUCUUUCGAGAGAGAGUGGCGCAGUAUCGACAGCGGGCACGGUUCGUGGCGUUCUACUUCCAACCACCCAGCCGACACGGAGGAUCCGCCACGACACCCGCGGUAUAAGAUCGUCAUGAAUGGCGACACGUGGAAGGCACUCCGCGAACAAUACCCGAGCGCGGUGGGUCGCGUGAUCGAGCGAGGCGCGGUUUUCGCGCGGAUGUCCCCGGACCAGAAACAACAGCUCGUGCUGGAAUACCAAGCGCUCGGAUACUACGUUGGCAUGUGCGGUGACGGCGCAAACGAUUGCGGUGCCUUAAGGGCAGCGCACACUGGAAUAUCUCUCUCGGAGCUAGAGAGUAGUGUGGCCGCACCCUUCACCUCCACACAACCCGACAUCGUCUGCGUAGCUCGGGUACUGCGAGAGGGUCGAGCCGCACUAUCAACGAGCUUCGGCGUUUUCAAAUUCAUGAUCGCCUACUCCCUCAACGAGUUUUUCUCUGUAGCCUUCCUCUAUUACUUUGACGCGAAUCUCACCGACUUUGAAUUCCUAUACAUAGACGUAGUUUUAAUCGUCAACUUCGCGUUUUUCUUCGGCAUGACAGAAGCGUACAGGGGUAAGCUGUGUAACAUCCCCCCGCUAACAUCUCUGCUAGGCGUCGUCCCAUUGGUGUCGAUAACGGGACAGAUGGUUCUGUUUGCUGUCGCGCAGUAUUUGGCAUAUCUGGCUUUAACUUACUUCCCCUGGUACGUAAGGCAUACUUACGCGGGCGCGGAAGCGAAUGAAUGCUGGGAGAAUUACGCCAUCUUCGCGAUAUCCAUGUUCCAGUAUAUCAUAAUGACGGUAGUUUUCAGCCACGGCUCUCCGUACAGGCGGUCGGUUAUCACGAACAAACAUUUGAUGAUAAGCGUGAUUGUGAUGACGGGACUCUGUGUUUAUAUAACUGUCGCCCCACCGGAUUGGUUGGCGAGCUUUUUCGAACUGAAAAUGCCGAAAGAUAGACUAAUGGCUUACAUUGUGAUCGCUUUGGCGUCGUUCAACUUUGUGCUUGCGUUGUUCUUCGAGCGUUGUAUCGUAGAAUACCUGAUGGAAGGCAAACAAAUGAUUCCGAAGUUCGUGAAGGAGAGACACGUGAGGAAAACUCCGCAUUUGAUGAUCAAACGACAGUUGACGGAUGUAGACUAUUUGAACUGUGAUAGCGUUGUUAAGUUUGACAAAGAGACGAAAAGCGAUAUGUUUUGCUCGGGCUCGGAAUGAAAUCGAUUAUGUUUUAGGCAGUAAUUCUGCGUGGAAAUCAAAUGUUACCGCUGAAUCAUAAAGUUUGAUUUAAAUACUUAAAGUUACAAAGGAAACCACACUGGAUUCACUAGAGAUACGAAUCGGUCUUAAAUAAAAUUAUGCUCCAGAAAUCUAAGAUAUCAUCUGAUCUGGUAAAGCACAAAGUGCUUAUUUAUUUUUUGAAUAGGUUUUUAAUCUUUUUCUAUACAGGGCUCUGGAAUUUUAAGGGCUAAGGCAUUUACAUCUUAACUGCAGAAUGCAUUUCUUGGCCAUAAUUUUGACACUUCUUUAUAAAUGGCCAAACGUCACAACUUCUGGUUAGGUGUGUUUAACGAUUCGCAUUAGAAUCCCUGAUAUUUCUUUGUACCAUAUUUUGAUUGCUUUCUUGGCAUAUUUAUUUACAAUAAUAGUUACAUACAUUAUAUUAUAUUUAAAAAAGACUAAAGAUAUUACAAAUAUACCAAAUGGUGCUUUUUACAUUGUGACAUUUGUGUGCUAUUAAUUUGUGAAUAUCUUUACGCACAAACACAUAUUUUUUUCUUAAGUUUUUACGUGUAUUAUGAAUGUAUACAACAAACUGUACAAAGGUUCUUUAGGUCAAAUUUACACUAAGAUGGCAGCUUUUAGCAGCGAUUUAACGUAGUUCAAAAAGACCUCGUUGAAAAAAUAUUGAGAAAUCGAUAUGCUGUAUUAGAUCUAUCUAUAUUUGAUGUUUGUUUCAUGAUUUCGAUUCGGUAACGUAUAAAACGAUACCUAUUACAAAAGAAACUGCUUUUUAGUAAUUUUACCUUAUCUAAAUAUUCAGAAAGGUGAAAAGUUGUUGCUUCUGUAAUAAAUAUCGUAUCGUUUAAUAUGUUUUCGAUCACUGAAACUUUAUUUCAGUGAAGGUUACAAGCGAUAUGGGGUUAUAAUUAUGAAGAUAAAGUUUAAAUGCUGGGUACAUUUCAGCACUUAUUUCUUGCCUAUUAUUAUUAUUCCACUGCCAGCCGCUGCUAUUUUUGUAUAACUGUUAUAUAAAUAAUGUAAGCAGACGCGUAAUAAAUAGUACUUUAUUCAGACAUAUCACACCAGAGAAGAGAGCGCGGCAAUUAAAUGGUGUCAGGAGCGUUUUGCACCAUACAGUUCUAAACGAGGACUGUCAGUAUGUCCAUAAUUCAGAAAGCUUAUACGGUUCCGAACCUAUGUGUCGUAACAUAGGUUCAAAACCGUGUGAGCAAAAUUUAACUUUACGCCCCGUUAAAUUAGAGAUUUCAUUAAAGAAUUGAACCUUAAAAACGUUACCUUAAGUAAAAUUCCGAUAUAAAUGAACACAAAUAGUUAAAAGGCUUUUUCCUUCUAUAAAACGGAGACUAGAACUAGCGUGCUAAUUUCGAUGUCUCAAAUCCUAAACGAAUCUUAAUAAUUCAGUCCUAAAAGCUGGGAAUAGUAGUAGAUACUAUUUUUUCAACAGUAUCUAACAAACAUCCAAAGUCGGUUUAAGUGUAGCUGAUAUCCCGCACUACUAUUUUCAGGCUUCAUCAUCUGACUUAGUAAAAGACAAAGCAUAUGAUGAUUUGGAGCUGCCGUAUCAUCAUAGGUAUGCUUUGUCUUUAACUAAGAGGAUAUAAACAGGUGAAAAGGUUGCCAAUAUGUUUGACCUUGUCAGUUAAGUUUAGAAUUUGUGUAUAACUAAAUAAGCUAUAUGUUCACUAAUUUAUUAGAUAAAUAAAUCAUAUCUUACGUUAAGAUCAAAUUUACUUAUUAUUAAGAUUGUGAUAGCUAUCCACGUUCACGUACGUGCCUUGUUAUUUAUUUGUUCGAUACAUUCCAAUGUAUUUAUUUUGUGCUGUGUUUUUAUAUUAUGUUUAAAUAUCCUCGCGUGAUAAAAAAUAUAAUGACAACAAAGUACUACUUUGAGGAUACAUACCAAUUAAAUUUUCUCUGGUUGCUAUUUUUUAUUCUCAUUUUUGAUAUUCAAAAUAUCAAAUGUGUAUAUUUGAGAAGCAUCAACUAAUUAUAAAGCCGCGUUUUCAGUGGGCAAGUUGUAAAAGUGUGUAUUCAUAUUACAUGAAGCUUGUGUUGUGGAAACGUUAACAUGCAUGUAGGUUGUCAAUUGCCGGGUGCAAAUAAACGCGAUCUAAUCUGACGUUAGUAAAUUACCAAUGUUUUCAGGACAAAAAAAAAACAAUCUUUCACCGUAUUAACCAAAAGUCUUAUAGGUAAUAAAUAAAACUCAUCAACAUUGUUUAGAAAACUCUUAUUUAUAAAUAUCAUAGAUAAACUUUAUCAUCACACAUCACAUAUUUUAUCUUUAUCAUUUUACAUCUCCUGAGGAUGCUCCGGUUUCGGAGCAAAACGUGCGUAGAGGGUACAUUACCGAAGAUCUGUGUGGAGUAUAAGGAUUGAAGAAAUUAUAAAUUACACCAUACAGAUUAUCCUGCUUUUCGUAGAGCGUAGCAAAUCUUAAUUUUCAUAAUAUAUCAUGGAUCUUUCGCCAAGCAGCAGUGUUGUGUUAUAGUCCGAAGAGUAUCGAGUAUCGUACCGGUGUAGUUAAAGGCCCACGAGGCUUAACAUCUUCGCCUCGGUUUGAUGGGCACAGGUCACUUUGCAUACCCUGUUUAUUGCGAUAGGUUUCCACUUACCGUCAUACAUACAUUUUGGUAUAUAUAAUAUAUUACAAAUCCCGUUCUCUUGCUGUAAGUCCUGUCUACAAAGGUUGCCUGUAAGAGAUUGCUUGCAGCAAUUAGGCCGCCUUUGCAUGUGUUUUACUGUAAACUUCUAUUUAUUUUCCUGUAUCUGUACCUGGUCAGUCAAUUACGACUAUAAAAAGGAAUUAUAAUUUUUUUUGAAGGGUGUUCAGUUUAAAAUUAGUUGACCUCUAAUACCUACAUGUAGUUUAAGCUCUUAUAACAACAUGCAGGAACUUGCAGAGUGGAAACGCGGCUUUACAAACGGAUUUCGGUACAAAGCUAUGUGAAUUAUAUUAUUAUAGUAGUUUUUUUUAAUAAGCUUUUAAUAGGAUAAGAUAAGAGUAUUACUAAUAAGAUUUAACUAAGUUAUGUGAUGUAUGUAUGUUUAAGUAGAUAAAAAUAUUUGACAAUA